GUUGGACUAUCACUUCAUUCAAUAAACAGAGUGUUGUCGAAUUAGUUAGGCAAAUUACCGUUUCCUGUUGUUUAGUUAUAAUUUCGAAAUAAAUUAUCGCAAUGAUUACGAUCAAUACCUUAGGAUUUCUAAUGAUAGUGGCAUUUGUCACGGUUGAUGCAGAUAUUGAUCACGGAUCAAAGUUUCCUAAACAAUUCCAUGUAUUAAGACUAUCAGCCCAAGCUUGUGAGAGAAGUCCACUGACCAUCCGGUGCAACAACGGAGUGAUCAAUGUGAUUAGCGCUAAUUACGGUCGUCUGUCAAGAACACCAUGUAAUGAUAAUGGUAAUGCACCGAUUCGUACCGUGAACUGUGUGUCAAGAAACAGCCUUGACAUUGUGAAAGCUCAGUGCUCGAAUCAGGAGAGCUGUACCGUACAGGCUACCAAUGGCGUCUUCGGUGAUCCGUGCGAAGGCACAUUCAAAUAUUUGCAAGUGGAAUAUCAGUGCACUGAAACCGAAUCGCGACCAAAAAGAGCGAUAGCAUGCGAACAUUCAAAUUUGGAAAUAGAAUGCGAACGAGGAGAAAGAAUUUCGGUGUUGCAAGCAAAUUACGGCCGAACAACUAGAAGAACAUGUAGCAAUAAUGGCAAUGGUCCUGUUCUUACUACCAAUUGUAAGAGCCAGAGGAGCGUCGAAAUUGUUAGAGCAAAUUGUGGUGACAAACGACAGUGCACUGUAUCAGCGUCCAAUGGUGUCUUUGGCGAUCCAUGUGUGGGUACACUGAAAUAUUUGGAAGUUAUGUACCUUUGUGUCAGGCGCAGAAAUUGAAAACGUUGAAUGUUUUGAUUGCUUUGUGUAUAAAAAAAAUUGUUAAGAAUAAAAUUGGUUUUGGAGAA